AUGCUGAUCUUCGCCCGGCCACGGCCUCUCAGCUGUUGCCCCCCCCUCCUUCUCUCCCCAAACCGGGAGAGGAUGAAAGUGCUGCCUCCUCCAGACUUGGCUGCCGAUGCCAUUCUUCGGCCCAUCGGCCAACCUUCAGCCCACAAAGGCGGCAUGACAACUGAAAUGCUUCUGCGGUGCCCUGGGGUGACAGACUGUGGCUGUCCAUCUGGCCGGCGGAGACGCGAGGACCAGAUGCCGCAACAACCUCGUCAGUCGAGCAAAAGGCAUGCACACCAGCCACGACUACCAGUUUCUUACAACCGCCUCAAGUUGAAGCGUCGAGAAAAGUCACCAGUUUAUUCAGAAAUGCUAAACCGAUACUCUAAAACUGUGAAUUCCAGUAACUUGUCAAUGUGCUGUAGCAAAGAAGGAACGACCAUCCGGUUGGGUUGGGGUCUGGUCGGCCCAUUUGACAAGAUGCGGCUGCUUUGGGUGUCCCCGAUGACAAGUGGCCCCGAUUACAGGACAGAAAAUGGAGAUCAGAUGGAGCCACGUCAGAGUAGCCGUUGUUCCGAUUAG